UUACUACGAGCCCGCGAGAGAGAGAGAGAAAUAAUAAGGAAAGGGCACCGGAAAUUGCCGGUUUCGGUAGUAGAAACGUCAACUGCCAAAUCUGUUAUGAUUCGAUUCGUGGUGCAGAGAGAGAGAGCUGACAGCUGAGUUGGAAAAAAAUAUGGGGAGGUUGUUCUUGGUAGACCUUGAAGGCAGGGCUUACCGCUGCAGAUUCUGCGUGAGCGAUCUUGCUCUCGCCGAUGAUGUUCUUUCUCGGUCUUUCAGUUGCAAUCAAGGGAGGGCAUACCUUUUCAGCAAUGUGGUAAAUAUAACUCUUGGACGUCAAGAAGAGAGGAUGAUGCUUUCUGGUAUGCAUACUGUAGAAGAUAUAUUUUGCUGCAGCUGUGGACAAUAUCUUGGUUGGAAAUAUGUAACGGUGCAUGAGAAGAGCCAAAAGUACAAAGAAGGGAAGUUUGUUCUUGAAAGAUGGAGGAUAGUUGACGAGGUCACUGAGGAAUUCAAUUUGGAUACCCGCCCUAGUUCAAGUGACGCAGAAAAUGCUUAGAAAGUUUCUGGGUUUUUUUUCCCCUUAUUAGAACUUCAAUAAUAAUAAUAAUAUAUGGUCUGUUUGGAUACCGCAUAUUUUGUUGAAACUGAAAACUUAUUGUUGAAAGUAUUAUACAUAAAGGUAAAAAUUAAUUGAAAUAGUACGGUGAGGCUCAUAAAUAGUAUCAAAAAGUACAAUGGGGUCUAUGAAUAAUAGCAAAAAUAAGCUGAAUAGUAAAAUAAUUUUAAUUUUUCAUCUCUA